GAGUAUAAAAGGCGGCGCCAUCCAGAGUCAGGCACCAUUGCUCGACCAGCGCCACAAGAAGCAACAUGUCAGCUAAGGUCUUCGUAGCGGCAGCCAUAGUGGCUGUGGUUUGUGCUGAGCCCCCACCACCAUACAGGCUCCCGACACCACCACCCUACGGGCCUCCUACACCACCACCCUACAGGCCCCCUACACCCCCACCAUACGGGCCCCCAGCUCCACCACGCUACGGGCCAACCCCAUCCUACAACGAGCCCGGCAUGCCCUUCGACUUCGCCUACGCCGUUAGGGAUGACUACUCCGGUAACGACUUCGCGCACGACGAGAAGAGCGACGGUAAACUCACAUCCGGCUCCUACAGGGUGCUUCUCCCCGACGGACGCACUCAGAUCGUCACCUUCCAUGCUGACGACAACGGCUACGUCGCUGACGUCACCUACCAGGGAGACGCCACCUAUCCAUCUCCAUCCUACGGACCUUCACCCCCAUCCUAUGGACCAUCACCACCUUCCUACGGUCCCCCGCCUCCAACCUAUGGCCCAAAACCAACACCAAGCCCUUACGCCUAAGCCUCAGAUCUGAUAUAUAAUAUGCGACAAUGCCACCUCUAUUUACAAGGGCUAUUCAUGCCAGUGCCACCUCUUGGGUGGCUUAAUUAAUCUUCAUCAAUCAAUCAAUCACCUCUAGUCACACAUAUUCCUUCAACACUCCUCUGCUCACUGAUUACUACUUGUUUCCACUUUGCUUGGGAAUAUCCCAGCCUGCACUUGAAUUAUUCCAAGCUGCCUUAAGCCAGCUGGCAGCGUCCCAGGUGGCAUAAACUGUCCAACCUGCAACUCUACUGUUUUGCCAUUACGAAUGGAAAACAAGCAGCCACCACAAACCCUCCAUAUAUAGUAGUCAAAUAUUUUUGUAAA